AGGUGUUACAGAGCCUUUUCACAUACACCUACAGUUGCUGAAAAAAGUACCAUCUCUAGAAGACAAAUGGCUGAAAUAAAGUAGAGUAGCCCAAGAAAGCAGAAUAUACAAAAAUGGCUAAAUAAGGUUACAAAAAUGAAAGUUAAAUAAGUCAAAAUGAAAUAUUGAGCGUCACAGCUUUAUAUCUAGUAGUUCUCUAUAAUAGAUAAAUACAGUAACUAAACACAUUGAGUAAACCAAAGACUGUUAUUAAUAAUGACUUUUUUACAUGUACACAAUGCCGUUAACAUAAAUUGAGAUUUUUUCAUUGCUUAAAUCGGGUCCUCUGAAUUGAUUAUGCAUUACGAUUAUCCUGAUGAGUCAGAAGAGACUUUGUAACCUAACUUUAAAAAAAGUGUUCCUGUAAUAUUUGACUUGAAUUUAACCCAACAUGAAGGAAGGAAAAAAACAAUAUACACACAUACACAUUACUAUAUUCUUUUUGAUUUUCCUUUGGUGCAAGGCCACAAACUCUUUUGUAGGCACUAACAUUUUUUAUAUGAAGGAAUCCGUUUUUAUUGAUUAUGGUUGUUCCAUAUUUUUACAGGAGCUGGAUGCUGUUCAACAACAAGGAGAAGAUACUGUGUCAGCUUUGAAAAAAGCUAUCAAUAACGGAGACACAGACACUGUUAAACAGCUGUUGGACAAUGGUGUGGAUGUGGAGACCAGGCUUGGAUUUGAAUGGACUCCACUUAUGUGUGCUGUCAGCGUGGCCAACUAUGACCUGGCCAAACUGCUUCUGGAUAGAGGGGCCAGUGCCAAUUUCAGCAAAGAUCACUGGACGGUGCUCAUGGCCAGCUGCACGGCAUCUGCCAGUGAGGACAAAAUUGCACGUUGCGUGGAGCUUCUGCUGUCCAGAAAUGCUGACCCCAACAUGGUGGACAGGUCCCAAAUGACCUGCUUGAUGUUGGCAGCCAGGGACAACUACAGUAAAGUCAUCAACCUCCUGGUGUCCCAUGGGGCUGAAAUCAACGUCCAGGAACGCAAUGGAUUCACAGCUUUGACUAUAGCAGUGCAGUAUGGAAGAGAGGAGGCAGUGCUGAAACUCCUCCAGCUGGGAGCAGACAAAACCAUCAGGACAAAGACUGGCAAAAGCCCUGCUGAUCUGGCUGAGAGUUUCAAACACAGACAGAUUUCGAGGAUCCUGGCCUCUUCCUCAAACAUCUCUAAUGUCCAGGCCUUUGGAUCCAUGGAGGACACGCUAUCUAAAUUCUUCAAGACUAACUCUGAAUUUCCAACUCCCAAGGAGAGUGUAAGCAAGCUUGAUGACCUGGAGCUCCUCCUGCAUGGCCUUAACCUGGGCUACCUCACUGACAUUAUGACUGAAAAUGAUAUCACCUGGAGUUACCUGUUGACCAUGGAGGAGGACGACCUUAAGAAGAUUGGUGUCACAGACCCAGAGGACCUGAAGAAGGUGCUGACUGCUGUGCAACAGAUGCACCUGGACAAAGUGGACCUGGAAACAAUCAGGCAACUGGGACCUGCAGACAGUGGGAGUGAGGAGCUGCAAAACUUCCUCUUAAGUAUCAGUCAGCAGUGCUGCUACCUGACAGAGACCAUUCAAGACGUCUUAAAUCGAUUCCCUCGCCAACCCGCUCAGUUGGUUUUCUCCCUGGACCCAAAGAAGGAGGCUCAGACCAUCUGCAACCAGCUAGUGGUCCAGACAAAAGAUCUCCAAAAGGAAGUCACCUGCCUCCGCAAUCUGCUUUGCCAGAUGGAAGAAUUCAAAGAUUCCUGUCAGCCUCCUAAGCCUGGUUUCCAUAACAACAGGAGGAUGUGGUCUCUGACCAAGAGAUUUGCUCUGAGCACUCUCGGAGUCACCUUCCUCGUACUGCUCUACAAAGCUUCCAGUGGCAAGGUUUCCCUACAGUGCAGGGAUACUUUUUGAUCGCCUCACAGAUUUGUGAGGUCUUUUGUGUUUGUUGGCUGUAGCUAAAAAGUUGGAUAAGUAUUGUGUUUAUAUGUGUUACGGGUGUUUGACAGGCAUUCAGUUUUAAUUUUGCUGCAGUGUUUUUUUCCCAGUUUGUUUUGACUUGUCACUGAGUUUAAUUCUUAUUCUUUUUAAGUUAUUUUAUAUUUUAAUGGUUUGAACCACUAAAGUUUUUCUUUUGAGAGUACGUUUCUUGUAUGCUCGAUUUAAGGUUGAAAUCGGGAUGCUUUCUAUAUUGGUGUCUGCCAGAUGUUGAGUAUAGAGUCUUGGCCAUCGCCAUCAGUGUUUUGAAACUAAAGACAAGCAAGUGGUGUAUCUGAUUGAGAAACCAAGGACACUGCACUUUCAACUUGUGGUGACAUGCAUGUCUAUUUGUUUUCCAUUUUCCACUAAUUGUGACAAUAAACUUAAAGUGACAGACUGAGACCAUAAA